AUGGGGGAUCAGUGGGGUUUGGGGCUCCAAUUUAUUAUUGUAACUAUUAUUAUGGUUGCAACCACAAAUACUUGUUUGGGGGCUCGCAAUAUAAAUAGCACGGUGGCUUGCUUUGAGCAUGAGCGGCUUGCUCUUCUCAAAUUCAAACACAGUGUCAGAGAUGACUAUGGUAUGUUGUCAUCAUGGGUUGGCAAUGAUUGUUGCCGCUGGGAAAGAGUCAUGUGUGAUGGUGCCACUGGAAAUGUUGAAAGUCUUCAUCUUAGAGGUGAUUUUGGUUCUUACUUACUUAGUAAAAAAAUGGGCACUUCUUUAAGAGAGCUGAGGCAUAUAAAAUACUUGGACUUGAGUGGGAAUAGUUUUCAAGGAAAUCGGAUCCCUGGGUUUAUUGGAUCCUUGAAACAACUCAGUUACCUCAAUCUCUCUAAUGCAUGUUUUUCUGGUAUCAUUCCUCAUAACAUUGGAAACCUUUCCAAUUUAAAGAAUCUCGAUCUUGGUUCAUCCCCAAGAUAUUGUUACGAUCGGCUCAGUGUACAUGAUACGACCUGGAUUUCUAGCCUUUCAUUACUUGAGCAUCUUGACUUGAGUUAUAUGAAUCUUACUGGAUUAAAAGUCCUUGAUGUGGUGCUUUACAUGGCUCCUUCAGUAAAAGUGUUAAGUUUGUCAUAUUGUGGUCUUUUAAUUGAUGAUGGUGGUCUGCUUCGUAAUUUGAGUACUACACUUUCCAACAUCAAACACCUGGAUCUUAGCAGAAAUAUUUGCACAGGUAAAAUCCCUCACUUUUUUCAAAACAUGACAUCCCUACAAUUCUUGGAUCUUUCAUUCGUUCCUCUUGGUGCUGCAUCCAACUUUGCAAACUCGCUAAGCAUGAUCCCUUCUUUAUUAGAGCUCCAUUUGUCAUACUGUGACCUCAAAGAGACACAUCUAUCUCAUAUUCGUCAUAAUCUUACUACCCUUUCUAAUAUCCAAAACUUAGAUCUAUCUAAUAACGAGUUAACAGUUUUAAUUGCAGAAUCUCUGAGAAAAUUAAAAAUGUUACAAGUGUUAGAUCUAUCUUAUAAUUACUUGAACGGUUCAAUUCCAGAAAUCUCUGAGAAAAUUAAAAAUGUUACAAUUGUUAGAUCUAUCUUAUAA